AUGCUAAGGGCCAACGAGCUAGCCGAUUUAAAAAUAUUCUCCAACUUCAACGAUUAUUACAGUUUGGGGCUCGUGUGCAUAACUCAGAUGAGUGACUUGAGUCUUCUGGAAAAAUUGGCCUCGGACUACGACCAAAUGCGCCAAGAACGAGUCAUUAUCUGGAUGCAAGUAAAAGUCACGGAUAAAUUACUCCGGAGUAUAAGCAAACUAUUAGAGAAACAUAGCUUCACCAAAAUUCUUCUUGUGGAAAUUGUAAAUCUUAACAACUCGACCUACAGUAUUCAUCGGCUGAACUCCUUUCCCAACGCAAAAUUCGAACGAAUCGAUAACUUUUUUGAAGUCAAGAACAUCUUUGCCAGAAACUUGAAAAAUUUUCAGGGCAGGAAUACUGUGGUUCUGUCCAAAGCAAGUGCCUUUUUCGAAAAGAACGUGAGCUAUGGACAAAACAGAUAUUUUCCCAUCAGCACUGGAGAAGAUAUGCUCAUUAUUGAGUUUGCUCGCAGGUACAACUUAAGUCUAACGCUUAGCAAGAAGACUGUGUGGGAUCAUUUCGACAUGCAGCUGACUCCUCGCCUGAUUUCCCGGGCUGAAAUAUCGGAUAGCGUCAAUCCGUUUACUUCCGUAUCACUAGUGGCUGUGGUGCCUUGUGGAAAGCAGCUAGGUGUCCAGGAGGUCUUCAAGCAGAUGGACUUUGGGCUUGUGCUCCGCUACCUCCUGCCCGUCUAUGUGACAUUUGUGGUGGUGGAGAGCUUCAUCCUGCUUAUCAAAGCCCGAAUCAACAACGAAACCUAUCGAUUUAGUUACCUGGAUCCUAUGGUGAAUCUGCGGGCUAUCAAUAGAGAAUCGGUAUAA